ACUAAGUACUCCAGUUAAAAUUCUAGGAACGAUCGAAUCACACCUUACUCAUACAGCACAAAUCACCUAACCUCUUGAGCGAAGUCUAAUCUGGACGUUAUGGUACAUGCAGUGUAUCCUUGACCGGCUGUGUACAAGUGUACACAUGUACUGGCGUUUUCUUUGUCUAUAUAAUGCAUAACCAAAGAAAGAUGUAGAGGGAAAACACAUGUUAUUUUCGAGAAUUUCGUCCAUCUUUCUUGGAAAACAUGGUCCACAUUUUACGGUAAAAGUUGUUCUAAAGGAAAAAAUAAAUCCACUGUUUUCGUGAUGUACGUGUGUACGUUUCAUAUUAAUUUAACCCGCGUCCGUGACGGAUCGACCCAGUGUGUUGGUCAAUGUACAGGCUACCUUGAACUCUUCAACUUUUCACCCGAUUGUGACUGUACGUCGUUAUAUUGUGAUAUGUAUUGUGCCACUGCCGCCACAAAGUAGGCCUACCUACGAACGACAGGUUGUCUACAGCUGUCAAAAUAUUGGAGUAAUCAAGCAGAAAAGAGAACAUGGACACAAAAUCACUACAGAGUCUGCUCAGCGAUCCGAGCCACUAUGCCAAGGCGUUCAAAGUCUUCUGCGCUCGGUCUGCCAAAUUCAGGGUGUACUCUGACUGGGUGGACGGUGUGUUUAGCGAGGCGGUGGUUGGUAAGCUCCAGGCCACAAUGGACGGACGAGAAGAGCUACGGGUCCUUGGAGUGGGCAGUGGGUCAGGUGAAAUGGAUUGUGCGAUGUUGGAGAAGCUGAAGAGGCGAUUUCCACGCAUCAACAAUCGUGUAGUUGAGCCUUCUCGGGAGUUGCUUGGCAAGUACAAGUCAUUGGCUCAAUCCAAGGCUCACGAACUACAAGGUGUUGAGUGUGAUUUUCGGCAGCAGACGCUCGAGCAAUACGAGAAGGCGGGAGAUGCGACCAAGUUCCACUUCAUCAGCGCAGUUCACUGCAUGUACCACCUGGACGACUAUGACAGCUCCCUGGAGUAUCUGUACAACUGCCUGAUCCCUGGCGGAGCAAUACUUGUGAUCCAUAUGUCAGAAAACACUGGAUUGAGUCGGUAUAGGAAACGCUUUCCAUGUCUUCAACCGAGCGACCAUAACUACAGCACUUCGGCUGACAUACGCAGCUCCUUAGACCGUCGUGGCAUACCAUUCACGCAGCACCCCUACCCAGUGCGCCUAGACAUUACCAAGUGCUUCGACCAAGCUUCGGAGGAAGGCGGCCUGCUGCUGGAUUUCCUCACCUUUCACGUGAACUUCAGGGAGACAGCGCCUGAAGAUUUGCAGAGAUCGGUCAUGGAGUGUUUCGGUGGCAGCGACUGUUCGGAGAGGAAAGAUGAUGCCAUUCAUCUGAUCAUUGACUGGGAUGCAAUUGUUAUAAGCAAGCCUAAACACUAACGAAACCACAUAAUAAUAAUUAUCUAGUGAGUGACUGCGUGCGAUUUUUUUCUCUUCAGAAUAAUGCACAAAAUGGUGGUUUAAUUUAAUGAUCCUUUUGUUGAUGGCAUAAAAUUUGAUCUCAAGCAUGGGCUUCGCCAGGAUUUUUUUCGGGGG